UCCCCUUAAAAUAAUUCCACUUCGUACAAUCAAGAAACAAUCAAGAAACAUUAUCAUAUCAGUAGUGUGAUCAAUUUCACCAAAUCCAAACAAAAAAGCCUUCACGCUUUGAAAGCCACUUUCUCCUAAAGCCAAAUUCCAGAAAUCAAUGCUGCUUUCCCUUUCCACCAACAGGUCUAUUUCUGUCAAUGCUUUAGUUUGUUACUAAAAAUCAGUGAAAAUAACAGUUCCCAUCUCCCAUGGCAGUUAGUCAGUCUUUUCUCCCCCUUUUCCUCCUCAAUUUCAAGAAAUCUUGAACAGCCUUUUCCUCUUAGGUCAACUAUUGUGAAGGAAAAAGAGUCUCAAGAUGGCAUCUUGGGAGCACUUCGGGGAAGUUGCAAAUGUCAUACAGCUAACUGGGCUAAACGCAGUGGCGUUGAUAGGUUUGAUAGUGAAGGCGGCUAACACUGCAAGAAUGCACAGGAAGAACUGCAGGCAGUUUGCUCAGCAUGUUAAGAUGAUAGGCAAUUUGCUGGAGCAGCUCAAGAUUUCGGAGAUGAAGAAGUACCCGGAAACGAGGGAGCCACUGGAGCAGCUUGAGGAUGCAUUGAGGAGGGCUUAUCUUCUUGUCAACAGUUGCCAAGAACGGAGCUAUUUGUAUUUGAUGGCUAUGGGGUGGAAUAUUGUUUAUCAGUUUAGGAGGGCUCAAGAAGAGAUUGAUCGGUACUUGAGGAUUAUACCUCUCAUUGCGCUUCUUGAUAAUGCCAGGGUCAAGGAGAGGAUUGAAGAAAUUGAGAGGGAUCAGCGGGAGUACACGUUGGAUGAAGAUGACAGAAAAGCACAAGCUGCAAUUUCUCAAAACGACACUAUAAUCUUGAAGAAAAGUAUAUCUUGUUCUUAUCCAAAUUUGCCUUUUGAGAAGGCACUACAAAAGGAGCAUGAAAAGCUUAGGGUAGAGCUUCAACAUUCACAAGCUAAUAUGGAUGUGAGUGAAUGUGAAGUGAUUGAGCGUUUGCUGGAGGUUACUGAAAACGCAGCGAGUUCUGCGAGGGAGAAAGAAUCUCCCUGCAAAGUUUCCCAGAAGUUGGAGCCAGAAAAGGGACAUUUUUCCAGCGAGAAGAAUCCUAGUAAAGUUGACGCUUUGAUGACUUCAAGAGAAGCAACAUUUUCCUCAGUUCAUAACACGGGAUCAAAAGGGGAAGCAACUUGGCAAGAGGACUGGCAGGCAGAUCUACUCGGCUGUUGUUCGGAGCCCUACUUGUGUAUUAAGACCUUCUUUUGUCCUUGUGAUACACUUUCAAAGAUAGCAUCGGCAGCAACUGGCGAGGAAAUAUCUCCAGCAGAGGCUUGUAACGAAAUAAUGGCCUAUUCCCUGAUAAUGGCAUGCUGCUGCUAUACAUGUUGUGUCAGAAGAAAGCUCCGAAGGACUCUGAACAUCAGGGGCGGUUGGUUUGACGACUUCUUGUCGCAUUUUAUGUGUUGUUGCUGUGCGCUCGUCCAAGAAUGGAGGGAAGUGGAAAUACGUGGUGGUCCACAGAAGAGCUGGAUCACCAGGCCUCCGCCGUACCAAGAAAUGGAGCACUGAAGAGAAGGUUUCAGCUAAAGCUGAUGCUUGUGUGAUUGUGCAGACUAACAUGUUCAGAUAUCUUUAGAUGAACUUAUAAUCUUGACAUGCUGAAAGAAGUUUCAGGCAAGACUGUGUACAGUGAUAUAGCUACUCUGUAACUCUUAUAUUAAGAGAUUGUCAUCCAUUUGAUGUGUUCUUGGCUUU